AUGGCAACUGUCCAAGUUUUAACAGAUCUACCGAACACUAUAUUUCUCGAUAUUAUUCAGUAUCUGUCACCUGUAGACCGUUAUCGAUCUUUGUAUAAUAUCAACCAUACACUCAAUGCUAUUGUAUGUUAUGGCACUACUCAUAUCAGUUUAUCAAAGAUCCAAUCGAAACGAGAUUUUGAUUAUCAUCUCGAACACAUCUUACCUGAUGUUAUAACCAGUUUACGUUCUAUAAAAAUAUCCAAUGAUUUUAUGUUUGACAAAGAACAAGGAGAUUUUGUUACAGGUGAUCGAGCAAUAAUGAUUGGUGUUAUUAAGAAAGUUCAAGCAAAAAUGAAUCUGAUUGCGUACGAGAAGUUAGAAGAAAUAAACCUGGAAAAUGUUAACGCUGCUCAACUAAAACUUAUUUCGACGAAGUUAACCAAUAUUCCUCAGUUGAAACGUUUAAUAAUUUCCUUUUAUGGUACAAUAGCUGAUAUUUCUUCUUUAAUAUUUGACAGUGAUGUCAUCCGAUCAAAACUGAAGACAUUAAAGCUAAAACUGACUGAUACCAGUAUUCUUUCUUCAAGUAGUUCAUUCAUUAACAUUCUUCCAAAUCUUGACUACUUAACAGUUAAUUCCUGCCGAGUUGGAAAUGUUGCUGUACUGUUGCAAUUAGCUCCAAACAUUAAAUAUUUGAACAUUUCUAUUUGGGAUUUUCCCAGUCGAGCUCAAACAUACUCGUCAGAAAAAUUUGCCCUGCCGAAUUUAACAUGUUUAAUAUUAAAAGUAGAUGAAAUAAAAUGGAGUUUUGUAGAACAUUUACUCAAACAAUGUGGAGAAAAAUUGAAACAUUUUACGUUUACCGGUAUGUUGUCAUAA